GGGCUGAGCUUCAGGUGAACGCGGCGGCACGCAAAGCUGCGGCUCUCAUUCACAUCAAUACAAACUCUGGCUUAGUUUAUUUACAUACGCCGGAUCAUCACAGACGCUGCUUUUUGACGGAUGAUAUUCAGCGCCUGAUGUGAAUCUGAAACUGAAUGUGAAAUCUACAGGAGGACCAAGUGUCCUGACCGAAGAGCCGUUAUUUUCUCUCAAGGAACACGGAUGUCGGGUGUGCUGAGAGGCUCAGGUAGAGUUCACAGAAAACCAAGCCACAUGAAGACAAGAAGAUCUGAAGUCUUAUAACCAGACCUUCCUGUGAGAUCGGACGCUGGACACGCUGAUAUGAAACUGAAAGCGAUUCAGAGGUUUGCUCUAUGAAACAGCACCUUGGAAAGUGAGAAGGACUUUAAUGUAAAUAAGCUGGGACGACGUGAAGUAGCCUAGGCCUAUAUGUAUUUUCAAUGAUUCAUUUUUUAUUCAGGAUUAUGUAGGAUUCAGGUCAUCCUCUUUGGGUUCUGUUUGAAAACUUCAGGAAAAGUACCCAGCAGAGGAAACACUUGUGAAACAUGGAUGCAAUUAGGUUUCCCGAUUUUUUUGAUGAUAAAAACCUUUGGGAUCACACAUCUCGUGGUCUUUACUUUAUCAGAUGAGUCCAGUUUCAGAUCUCAAGAAGUUAUUUUGUGACACCUGACGAAGACCUAAAAUGCAGAAGGCAAACAACAGGAAACUGUCUCUGUGCCAGGCCCUCACCCUCAUAACACUACUGAUGUCUCCAAGUUGCCUGUCCUCUCUGCCUUCAUCCAGACGAGUAGAGCUGGGAGGUGAGGGACCACAGAUGCAUAGCCAAAUACAUUUCAUGAAUGAGUGGGCCUCGUGGGGCGGUUGGUCUGUGUGUUCGCGCUCCUGUGGGGGAGGGGCGUCUGUCCGUACACGCACCUGCAUCACCAGAAAUCUGGUAGGAGGGCCGUGCUCGGGGGACACCAGGCAAUACAAGAUUUGUAACACAAAGGAGUGUCCUGCUGACUCUAUGGACUUCAGAGAACUGCAGUGUAAAGCUUUCAAUGACAGACCCCUGGUCGCUGGCAGCAGUUACCGUUGGACUACCUUUCAUGGAGGAUCCGAACCAUGUGAGCUCAGUUGCUUGGCAAUUGGACACAACUUCUACUACAACUUUGGACGGGUGCUUGAUGGCACACCAUGCCAAUCAGAUCAGGGGACAGUCUGUGUGAAUGGAAAAUGUCUGAAGCCAGGAUGUGACUUGAUCUUUGGAUCUGAGCAGCAGGAGGAUGCCUGCAUGGUGUGUGGAGGCCACAACUCAACCUGCCUUCAUCACAGAAGUGUUUAUCAAAGCAACGGGCAGAACAACGGACUGUUUGGGUACAGUGAGGUCACUAUGAUCCCGGCCGGAGCUACACACAUCAGAGUGACUGAAAACAGCAGAAACUAUCUAGCUCUCCAGAAUGGGCGCUCUCAGUUUGUGAUCAAUGGGAACUGGAAGAUCAAUGUUCCCGGGGAAUACAAUGUGGCAGGAACCAAACUUCUGUAUCUGCGCUCUGCUGAUACCUGGGAGAGUUUCGAAGUUCCAGGACCAACUCAGGAGGACCUGCACAUCAUGGUCUUGUCCACUGAUAAGAGCUCUGGGAUUGAAUAUGAGUACUGGCUUCCUCCAGACCGCUAUGCCCUGUAUCAUGGGAGAAGUCAACUUCGGCAGCCUCACCACACAUCAAACCACUUACCCUUUGAACUUCCAACCACUACGACUACCACUACUACAACCACAACCACUACUACAACACAGCCAGUCACAAAACCUCAUUUCUGGGAUCCUGCUGCUCGCUGGCCUCUUCACCCCCCCUAUCAACAGCAGCCAGUCCCACGUUUGGAAAGAGAUGAAAACCGCAGGAACCGACUGCCUGAAAUACAUCGUAGAGGCCACUGUGGGAAAUGUCGCCAGGUACGAGGGAAAGGUGAGCGCCAGAGACAGUAUUGCCAAAAAGAUUUUGUAUUUCGAGCAAAAGUGCUGGAAAAAGUCUAUCAUGGGGAGGAGACCCGCUAUGACGUCCAAAUCAUCCACACAUACCGCAACCGUUAUCGUCUGGAGCACCGGGAGUUCCUGUGGGCGCCCAACAAAUGUGACUGUCCCUUUCUGGAGGAGGGGCAUCAAUACGUGUUGAUGCUGCGACGGCAUAUUAAUUAUGAACGCACUCUCAAUCGCAUCCUGUUGGAGGAGGACAGCUACGCUCAGCCUUAUCGAGCACGUGAGGACAGCCUGCUGCGCCCCCUAGAGGACCUCUGCGGUAACAGAGGCAGCAGGACUCAGUUCAGGGGGUAAACACAUGGACGAUCACACUUUCACUGCACACUAAUUCUCUUGUGCCAAAAAACAAGGCACA